AUGCGAGUGACGAGCGUCGGCUCCCAGUGCCCUACGCAUGGUAAAGAAGAUGCCAUCUUUGACCCAGGUCUGAUCUCCUCCGUGGUUAUAGUCGUUGAUAUCCGAGGUGGUAAGUUCCUUUUAUUCCAAAGCAGCCAGAGACAAGAACUUGAUGCCGCUCUUGCAUAUUCGCGUCUUCAUUCCAAGCAACCGACAGGAAUUUGCUAUCUUACUUCUCUUCCCUCGUCCGCCAUGUCCCAUUCAUUUUGCGACGAAAAUCAAGGAACUAUUGGUCUAGCCUUUACCUGGAUACUCUUAUCCUUCGGUAUCCUUACCGUGAGCUUGCGAAUCUACGUCCGCUCGGGUGUCAAUGGUAAAAUUGGGUGGGAUGACUACACAGCAGUGGCAAGUCUGGCCGUAGGAAUCCUAGCCGGCGGUUUCUUCACCAAAAUGAUCACCUCGGGUAUGGGUCGACAUGUAUCCUGCCUUCCCCCACAAUCUGUCAUUGCCAUGCUCGAAUUCAGUGCUAUCUCUGAAGCCCUCAACGUCUUCGGCAUUGGCGUCGUCAAGAUCUCCGUCUGCUUAGCCCUUCUCCGAGUCGUGGAACGCGCUCGCCGCGGGAUCACUUUGUUCCUCCGGUCCCUCCUCGUUUUCGUCGCCGUCACCCACCUAGCGCUAGCGAUGCUCUUCUUCCUGCAUUGUAGACCCCUGGCCGCGCUUUGGAACCCGAAGGUCCAAGGAUCGUGCUUAUCAACGCACACGACAGUUCUAGCGGGAUAUGUUGGCUUUGCUGUUGAUGUUGUGACGGAUUUGGUGUGUGCCGGUAUACCUGUCUUGGUCAUCCAUCGGCUGCAGAUGAGCUUUCGAACCAAGGUCGCGUUGUGUGUGCUUAUGGGCUUGGGGGUCUUUACCGCAGGAUGUGCGGUGGCUAAAGCUAUCACAUUAAGGGGCGUCUUUGCGGAUGAUUAUACGUUCGGCUUCACGAAGCCUGCGACUUGGGCUGCUGUUGAGCAGUUUGUUGGGAUCAUCAUUACUUCAAUUCCCGCUCUACGUCCUUUGUUGAGAAGCUUCCUGGAGCAAUCUCACAAUCGCUCUGGUAUUCGGAGGUACAUAUUCUGGGGGAACAAGACUGGUAGCUUUGGUUUCGGUAAGAAAGGCAGUCUACAACAACAACAACAACAAUAUCAACAACAGAAACAGCAACAGGUCUCUCGGUCCGAAUCUAGUGUGCAAGAAAGCGUACGGACGAAGAACACAUUCUUACCUUGGCAUAGAGACAGUCGAGGAUUGCCUUUCAGCAGUAGUGACUCGGAUCAGGCGACUGCGGUUUAUAAAGAAUCCUCGAAAGGCGGCACGGGUCAGGUAGAUCCAGAGAAGGUACUUCUUGGCGAUAAGUUUGGCGAUGUGGGAGGAAGGGACUAUCUGAAGGGGUGGUCACUUCCUGAUAUUGCGGAUCGAAGGUCGGCGAUGAUCGCUAUACCGGUGUUCGACGUAUGA